AACGGGUUCUCCAGGCUUUUAUAUGGAUCCAAGUGGCAACCGCUGGUGGGAGGGAUAUGGGGACUUGUCCGAGCUCACUUGCUCCCCUUUCUCUGUGUUUUUAAGGACAAAGGGCACAGGUAUGUAUUUCUUUCUAGGAGAACCAGAGAAGAACUGAGUUCAUUAGGGGGUCUCAAACCUGGUCUUUAUCCUGGGGUGUUAUUCCAAGCAGGCUUACUCAUGACAAAGCCAUCUAUGAUGACCUGGUCUAGGACAAAUUGGUCCCUGCAUAGCUCUUAGGUCCUUUUGAUAGGACAAGGUAACCUACCUGAAGAUGCUAAUGGCUGAGGGUAACCAGUUCUGUCUGAUUAUAAUGAAAACCAUUCUGUCACCUGCCCAGAACUUCUAUGAGACAGUCAUGCGGGAGCAUGCAGACCCUGAGCAGUGGGAUAGAUGAAGCCCCAGAUCCGAGUCCUAAUGGGUGUCCUUCCCAUCACUGCACAGACUGCUAAGAUUCCAGAGGCAGGGUCCUGUUAACUUCCUCGCUGGUUCCAGGCAACCAGGAAUUCUCCUGGGCAAUGGCCAGACCAAGGGCAGUUUCUGGAUCAAGUCUACAGUGUCAGCCCUAAGUUAGCUAUUCUGCAUUGCCUGGCAAGAUUCUCAGACCUUGUCUAAGCAAGAGUGAGGAGUGUCUCUAAACCAUCAGUCUACUUUUCAUCUCACCCCAGAGCGCUUACUUUAAAGUAAAUGACAGGUAUCCUAGCAUGGUCCUGCAUCUCUAUAAUUCUCAAAAAAUGACAAACCCCCCCAAUUUAAAAAGGGUUGGGAUUUCAUCUUCAGGGGGCAUAGUGGUUUAGUCCGUGGGCUUAAGACAACUUCGGUCAAAUUCUGGGGCUCUUGACGAUUAUUAGCUGGGUGAUGUCAGCUGGAUCACUUCAGUUUCCCUUGCCUUAGUUUCCUGAUCUGUAAACCGAGGCUGAUGAUGUAAACAACCUCUUCACAUUGUUUUGAUGAUUAAAAGAGAGAUAGUAAAUAUGCAUAAAAUGUAUAAAAUAUUUAGGAGAAAGCCUGGGAUAGUGAGUGAGCAAUAUGAUGUAAUUGUGUGAGAUCCUCAUGAGAAACACAGAUGCCUUCCUUCCACAUUCGCCUUUAGGGAAAGGGCCUCAGAGCUCCAGAGAUCUUGCAAAUCUUUCUCUCGGGCCUUCUCUCUGGCACCUCCCUGUUUCACCCUAAGGCUCCCUCUAGCUUGUGUUUUGUGUUCCUUCCUUUGGCCUGUCCUACUCUCUCCCACAUUCUAUUCUCAGCAAACAGCAAACUCCUGUUCAAAGAGCACCUCAAGUAUAGGGGUGCCUGUGGCUAAAAGGGGUAGGGUGCUGGCCCCAUAUGGCAGAGGUGGUGGGUUCAAACCCACCCCUGGCCAAAAGGAAAAAAAAAAAAAACUGCAAAGAGCACCAACUGGGGCCUAGGGACAUAUUUUACUUGCCCUGUUCUGUUUUUUUUUUUUUUUUUGAAAGUGAAAUUAAUUCCCCCAAUUUAUAAAUCUGGAAUUUUUUAAAUUAAAAUCCAGAAUUUAAAAUUACCUUGGAAAAAUCCUACAGCAUGGUACAGGUGGGUCCACGUUUCUGCAGGGUGAGCAGAGGCUUGAGUAGAGCAGGCCUCCUCUGGCUGGGAUUUGCACACCCCAGGUCGGCUCAGACCGGCUGUCUUACUCAUGCAGGUUCUCUGGCUCUUCUGGCUUCUACAGGUAUUCGAGGAGGCCUCUGGUUUGAGAUCCCUGCAGGAGAUUAUCUGACCCGCUCUCCCUCCAGACAACACAGCUAGCUGGUAAACCCUUUGUCUCGGACAUCUGCUGACCCUGCUCCAUCUCAUGCUGGGCCAACUUUAGGUGGCCGCCUCCUAAGAGGAGUGGAAAGGGUGUGUGUUUUUUUGUUUGUUUAUCUUGUACAUCUUUCUCUCUCUCCUGCCUAGAGGUCCUGGAGAAGUGACCAGGACAGAACAGAGUGAGCUUCCAGGGGACUGCACCCACGGCAGCCUCCUCCUCUCUCUCAGUGUCCUGACCUGUGGGGUCUUUCAGAGCCCUCCAGUCCCCAGAGGGCGACGGGAACCUGAACACUGCAGUGUACCCACGUUCUCACCACAUUGCAACUCAUACAUUCAUUCCUCACAAUAUGAAAUUUCCUUUUCACUCAUUCCCUAAUCCCUGCCUCCACUUACUCACCCCAGUGGUCACCUAGGGCAUGCCAGGCACCAUGUUAUGCGCAUGCUUGGAGAAGAAGCAAAGCAAACCACCAGCCAUAACAAAAUUCACCCUGUGCCCAUGGGCAGAUGUUUACCAGGUAGGGCUUCAGUUUCCCCAUGGAUUUAAUGACUUGGUUAGAGAUCAUUUUGUCCUGGGCUUCUUUUGUCUUGUUGACUGUCGUCAGCCUUCUGAAACUUGCUAUGUCACCUGAAAACUUCAUUCUAUCGACAGUUUAUGAAUUCUAGAGAAAUCCCCCUCUGCUAGUGUCAGAGGGAGGGUUGAAGCCAAGGGUAGAGGGACAUGGUGUGAGAGGAAGAGUGGGAGGGGUGGUCCGAGUGCACAGGGCUGGGGGCUGGGAGUGCAGGAGCAGAGGGGGCCAGACGGGCCUGCCUACCAGGAGGGCCUGCCAGAUGCUCAGACCACCCUGUGAAAUCUCACACCCUUCUUGUUCCCUACUAGCCCUGGCUCCAGCUCCGGCUGGAUUUCAAUCUGCAUAAUGUGUCCCAUUUAGAUGGGAUGGGAGGGGGUGAGAAUAGGAGGGUGGGGGAGAUGUGCCCGAAAGGGUGGUGGCCAGACGAAGCUGAGGGAUAGGGGCUGUGCUGAUGGUGGGUGGCAGUGGGAGGCAGGAGGCGAGGUCAGAGAGCAGGCUUGCAAACCCCAGAUAACUGUUCUGCCCAGCACUGCAGGGGUCAAUUUGGUCUACUUGCCCAGUGACAAGAAGGAAAAAAAAAGUGGGCUGUGACUUAAAGAUCUUAAGACUCACCAGAGAGGGGCUGGUCUGGAGGUGGGAGGAGGGACAGACUAGCCAAGGAGGAGACGGGAACUCAGGAGGGUACAAGGAAGUGUCUUACUUAGCUGAGCCAGGGGCAAGGGAGGAGAGGCUGGAGCAAAGUCUAGGGGACAGAGGCGUCCUCCGGGAUCCAGAGAACCCGGGGGCAGCCCCUCCUGCAUGCUGGGAAGGGCUCUGGGCACCAACCAUUCUUCUUACCCUCUGGGGCUCAAACCAGAAGCUCAGAGCGCUUGCUGAGUUGGUGACAGAGCUGCAGCGCUCAGACCCCAGGGGCCCAUUCCUGUCUUCUCUCCACUGCCCAGCAUGGAGGAGGGUGGUGAUUUUGAAAACUACUAUGGGGCAGACAACCAGUCAGAGUGUGAGUACACAGACUGGAAGUCCUCGGGAGCCCUCAUCCCUGCCAUCUACAUCUCGGUCUUCCUCCUGGGCACCAUGGGCAACGGUCUGGUGCUCUGGACUGUGUUUCGGACCAGCCGGGAGAAGAGGCGCUCGGCCGACAUCUUCAUCGCCAGCCUGGCAGUGGCCGACCUGACCUUCGUGGUGACCCUGCCCCUGUGGGCUACCUACACCUACCGGGAGUACGACUGGCCCUUCGGGACCUUCUCCUGCAAGCUGAGCAGCUAUCUCAUCUUCGUCAACAUGUACGCCAGCGUCUUCUGCCUCACCGGCCUCAGCUUCGACCGCUACCUGGCCAUCGUGAGGCCGGUGGCCAACGCCCGGCUGAGGCUGCGGGUCAGCGGGGCCGUGGCCACGGCGGUGCUGUGGGUGCUGGCGGCGCUCCUGGCCAUGCCGGUCAUGGUGUUCCGCUCCACCGGGGACUUGGAGAACACCACCAAGACCAUCGCUGGCCACUUCCGCAAGGAGCGCGUCGAGGGCCUGCGGAAGCGGCGCCGGCUGCUGAGCAUCAUCGUGGUGCUGGUGGUGACCUUCGCCCUGUGCUGGAUGCCCUACCACCUGGUGAAGACUCUCUACAUGCUGGGCAGCCUGCUGCGCUGGCCCUGCGACUUCGACCUCUUCCUCAUGAACGUCUUCCCCUACUGCACCUGCGUCAGCUACGUCAACAGCUGCCUCAACCCCUUCCUCUACGCCUUCUUCGACCCGCGCUUCCGCCAGGCCUGCACCUCCAUGCUCUGCUGGGGGCAGAGCAGGUGCGGGGCUCCCGCCCACGGCAGUAGCGGGGAGAAGUCAGCCAGCUACUCCUCCGGGCACAGCCAGGGGCCUGGCCCCAACAUGGGAAAGGGUGGGGAGCAGGCACAUGAGAAAUCCAUCCCCUACAGCCAGGAGACCCUGGUGGUUGACUAGGGCUGGCGUGGGGACAGCCUGGUGCCCUGGGCCCUCCCAGCUCCACCCUCUGCCCUGGAGAUCAGGUAGUGUGGCUGUGCCUCCUGCCUGCACAUCGCCCCUUCCUCCUGUCCAGCCCCGUCCUUCUCUUGGUUCUUUUUUUUUUUUUUUGUAGAGACAGAGUCUCACUGUACCGCCCUUGGGUAGAGUGCCGUGGCGUCACACGGCUCACAGCAACCUCUAACUCUCAGGCUUACGCGAUUCUCUUGCCUCAGCCUCCCAAGCAGCUGGGACUACAGGCGCCCACCACAACACCCGGCUAUUUUUUGUUGCAGUUUGGCCGGGGCUGGGUUUGAACCCGCCACCCUCGGCAUAUGGGGCCGGUGCCCUACUCACUGAGCCACAGGCGCCGCCCCUUCUCUUGGUUCUUAAUUCUUUCUCAGAGGUCUGGGGUUUAGUAGACUGAGCCUUGCAGACCUGAACUUGCCCAAGUCUCUUAACCUCGCUGAGCCUUGGUUUCUCUGUUGGUGUAAAAUGGGGAAAGUCAUACUGACCCUAAAACGGUGAACUGUGAGUCCCGACUCAAUAAAAGUUUGUUUCCCCACCCUUU